AUGUCAGGAAGCGCAGGCUACGACCGACAUAUUACCAUCUUCUCUGAUACGGGUCGUCUAUAUCAAGUUGAAUAUGCAUUCAAAGCGAUUACAGCAGCAAACAUAACGUCCAUCGGUGUUCGUGGCAAGAACUGUGCCGUUGUCCUAUCACAAAAGAAGGUUCCUGACAAAUUGAUCGAACCGUCUUCAGUCUCCCACAUCUUCAAAAUCUCGCCUUCCGUUGGAUGUGUCAUGACAGGAUCCAUAGCCGAUGCCCGGGCAUGCGUUGACCGUGCACGUGGUGAGGCUGCUGAAUUCAGGUAUAAAUACGGAUAUGAAAUGCCUUGUGAUGUAUUGGCGAAGCGUUUGGCCAAUAUCAACCAAGUCUACACGCAACGGGCUUACAUGCGUCCACUCGGUGUUGCCAUUACUCUAAUCUCGGUAGAUGACGAAAAAGGACCCGAGGUGUACAAAUGCGACCCAGCAGGAUAUUUCGCUGGAUACAAGGCCACUGCAUCUGGCCCCAAGCAACAGGAGGCAGUGAACUUUCUCGAGAAGAAGCUGAAGAACAAGGAUUAUGCUGAAGGUGACUGGGAAGAAGUGGUCGAGCUCGGAAUCACAGCCUUGAGCAACGUUCUCAGCGUUGACUUCAAGAAGAAUGAGUUGGAAAUUGGCAUUGUUGGCGGGCCCCGGCUUGAUGGCGAGGAGGGUACAGAUGUUGCAUUCCGGGCAUUAAGCGAGGAAGAGAUUGAUGAACGGCUGCAGGCCAUUGCGGAGAAGGAUUGA